AUUUAUUAUAAUUUUCGUGUUUAUGAAAUGCUUUUAUGAGUUUUUUGUUGUAUAAUUGAUUGCAUUCAUCGCGAGUCCAAUCAAAAGGCAUUUAAUCAAACAAAUGGAUAACUAUUUGGAGAAUUGCAGGAAACAAUUGGCAUCAUUGGCUCAAUGGACUGAUCCGAUAGAGUUAGUGGUGGGCAAUGAGAGCUGUGAUCUGGACUCAGCUGUCAGUGCCGUCGGUCUGGCCUUCAUUAAACACAUGUCGUGUAAAGAAGUGGAGUCCAAUAAGCGACUAAUAAUCCCAGUGUUGAACACAACUCGCAGUGAACUCCAACUGAAGACGGAAGUGAUCUUUUGGUUUGAAAACUCCGUGCAUUUGAGUCGCGAUGACCUCAUCUGUAGGGAUGAAAUCGAUUGGCAGACACUUAAGACAAAGAAAGUGUUGAUCACAUUAGUCGACCACAACGUGAACGAAGAGAUGGCAAGAAUUGGCGAAAUUGUCGAAAUCAUUGAUCACCACAAAUAUGACGCAAACCAUUGUCUCGUAACUGAUCCGUCGAAAGUGUUGGUCGACGUGUCGGUCGGCUCCUGUUCCACACUAAUCGCCGAACGCUUUCUUAAAAGUGAUUUGAAAGGAGACACACAAUUGGCUCUUAUGUUCUUCGGAACCAUUAUAUUGGAUACGAUUAACUUCUCAGAAAGCGCUCAAAAGUACAGCGAAAAAGAUAAAAGUGUUGUCAAAGACUUGGAGGCAAUCAUUGAGGACAAGACCAUCUCUCGGUCGGAGUGGUUUAAACAGCUGAUCGAUGCCAAGAAUUCCACUAAUAAUAUGUCAUUCGAGCAGUUGUUACUUAAGGAUAAGAAAUUAGUUCCCAACACAAGAAUUAUCAUAUCAUCCAUAUCCGGCAAAUUGGUCUCUGAUCUGGACUUAGAAAAUAAUCGUCAACUUAUGCGAGAGUUGACCGCAAAUGCGAGCAAUCGAUUCGAUGCCAUCAUUAUAUUGGGAAUUGAUAACAGAAUCGCAGAUAAUUUAAGCCGCGAUUUAGCCAUCUUUACCACAAAUACGACACUCAUGGAGAAGAUUGUAUCAAAACUUGAGUCCGAAAACAAUGGCCUUGAAUUGAGUUUAACCAAAGAGUUCAAUGAUUUACGAAUUUAUAACCAGAAGAAUGUGAAGGCCUCUCGAAAACAAAUUUUACCUUUGAUUUCAUCCCUCAGCGAUACCAAUGGCACAGUCUAUCGGAAUAUAUCAAUAGAUAAUGAUAGCACGAAAUCUCCGAAUAAUCGGAAAAAACUGCUAAAAGCGCUCUCGACUGCAGACGUCGACCCAGACUUUGUUCUCAAUUAUAUUCCCGAAACCGUAGAUUUUCUUGAGUCGCCUCAAUAUAGUUCGUUGGGAACUGAGGAUACGAACGAGCGUUCCUUUCCGCCUUCGCCAGCAAAAGACACACCAAAUGGUUCCCCAAAUACUAAGAAAACAGAAGUGAAUAAAGAAUCAGAGCUUGAAAUACCAAACAUUGAUGUCUCCAAAGUUCAUAAUCCAGAAUCAGUGUACGGAUCAUAUAUUGAAGACUCAUUUGUCGGUGAAUUAGUGGGCGAUUAUCCCGAUAAUGAUGGUGAUAAAGAUGGCAAUGAUUUAGAUAGCAAUUGGACUCUAAAUAAUGGAUUGACUAAUGAAAUGGAAUUUGAUUUUGAUUCGUUUGGUCCCGAAUCCAUUAUAUAUACGGGAAAUAAUGAUAAUCCGGACGAACAAAACAAUCCAAAACCCAAACAUUCCUCGAGUGAAGAAACACUAAAUGCCGAAACGAAUUCCAAUGAAUUAAAUGCAAACCAAACAACUGAACAAAACAAUGAAAAUACAGAAAAGGAAGGCAAUGGGAAUGGGAAUGGGAGCCAGACUCCGAUGCAGUCGUUGUUGACUGUUCCCAAUCACGAACCGAAUCCUACCUCUGAAUCAGACAUAAGCCAAACGCUGAGUGAAGAGAGGGAUGAGAUCUCUCCAUUCAAACGCAAUACUUCUCUCACACAAAGUCAGAGAAAGAAAAUCAGUCCACGAAUUAAUAUCCAGCAAAUCCUUAAUUCUUCCGAUGACUUAAGCCCCGGUGUUGGGUCGAGUGCCACCCCUUCCAAUCAUCCCCUGUCCGCCAAUUUUGAGACAAUUAAUUUUGAUUCCAAUCAAACAAAUAUUGAUUUAAAUGUCAACACUUUGAAUGGCAACGAAGAGUCUGAAAGUAAAGGAUUGGUUCGGAGGCCGUCGACUACCAAAAAGAAGAUACCAGUGAAUCGAGAGUUCUUUAAAAGCGACGAAUUUAAUGAUAAAGAGAGUAAUGGCGGGCCAUCGGAUACGAUUGCAGAGCUAACAGCGCGCCAAGAGUUGGAUGAAACGAGAGGCUGGAGGGAGUCGUGUCCUAUUGGACCCGAAGGUGACGUUAAAGUAAUUGAUAUGAAAGUGAUCGAUCCGUACAAAAAAGUCAUAUCACACGGUGGAUACUUUCACUCGACUAUUGGGAACAGUCAUCAGUCAGGUUCAAGUCCUGCGAUUAUAGUGUUCUCUGCCUGUUAUCUGCCCGACCGCUCACGAAAAGACUACAAUUAUGUUAUGGACCACCUAUUCAUGUAUGUGUUGACGACUCUCCAUAACCUGAUUGCGGACGACUAUAUCCUCAUAUACUUCCAUAACGCCGGGGUCUCCACUCUCGGCAAUAAUAUGCCUACAUUUGGAUGGCUUAAGCGAUGCUAUUAUAUGAUGGACAGGAAACUGAAGAAGAAUUUGAAAGGACUUUAUUUAGUUCACCCGACCUUCUGGUUGAAGACUCUGAUAAUUAUGAGCAAACCAUUCAUCAGUUCGAAGUUUUCGAAGAAACUUAAAUUCGUGGGAAGUUUAGCCGAAUUGAGUGCUCUCUUACCUAUAGAGCACAUCGCUAUUCCAGAUGCCGUCAAAAUUUAUGACGAGGAAAUCGCUAACAAUAUUCUCUAAUUGACACUUCAUUUGUUCACUUCUGAUGUGUUGUCAUCUCUGCUCUUAUUUAUGAAAUUAACAAUAGUUUCAUAUAUUUAUUCACUGAGACUAUAGUUAUGUCACAAUAAAUCACAUGAAAUAAUUGCAAAUGGUUUUCAAACUCUAAGAAAUACUUAUAAAAAACUGAAAUAUUGUUGAGAAAAGUGAAAAUAUUUUAUGUAUUAACGGUAGGAGUGGUAGAGAUAAUGAACGGUUAAUGUGUUUGUGUGGCAUAACUCUGGCCUUUACUGUAAUUUUUGUUGAUUUUAAUGUAUACUUUGAUUUGAAUUAGGAUUGACACACAAGUUAUGAGUAGACAGAGAAAGGGCCGUCGAAUCACACAAUAAUAGUAUUAUGUUUUUAUUUUAUAUUGAUUUGUGAACCAAAUUCUUAUAUAAUUAUAUAACUUAUUAUUAAUUCUUAUUUAUUUUCUGUGAUAACAAUUAAAUUAAAUCUAAAAUAUAUAGUUAAAACUGUUUUUGGCAAACACUGUAA